AUGGAGUCCAUAAAGCAAAGCACAGAGUUGGUUGAAGAUGCGAAGCCCACAUUACUUACGGGGGCAAUUGCUGGUGACACAACCCAGAAGAGGUUGAUCCGGAGUAUUCUUUUCAAAUUGGAUACAAGGAUUCUUCCAAUCUUAGCCAUGCUUUUUCUAUGCUCUUUCUUGGAUCGUACAAAUGUCGGCAAUGCGAAGAUCCUCGGCCUCGAGGACGACCUCAACAUCACUGGUCAACAAUAUGAUAUAGGCUUGGCAGUUUUCUAUCUGACAUACAUAUGCAGCGAACUCCCGAGCAACCUCAUUCUGAAGAAGGCAUCACCGAAAAUUUGGCUACCGUUGCUCACUAUGGUUUGGGGUGUCGUCACUAUGUGCCUCGGCUUUGUUCGCAAUUUUGCGGGUUUUGUGGCUGUCCGUGCUAUUCUGGGCGUUGCGGAAGGAGGAUUACUCCCUGGGAUGGUACUGUAUCUAUCGUUCUUCUACAGACGAGGGGACCUAGCCUUGCGUAUUGGAUUGUUUUACACCGCUGCGUCGUUGUCUGGUGCUUUUGGAGGGCUCUUAGCUCGUGGACUGGCCGAAAUUGGCUCUCGGGGCGGACUGGAGGGCUGGCGCUGGAUUCUGAUUAUUGAGGGCCUACUGACAUUCUUAUGCGGUUGCCUCAGUUAUAUUGGUCUCCCAAAUAGUUUAGAAACCGCGACGUUUUUGACCCCCGAAGAACGGUCCUUUGCACAAGAGAGGAUUAUGCUUGAUGACCCAUCCGCACCCCAGACUUCCUCGGGAGAUGAAUCAGAGACCCUGAGAUGGUCUGAAGUGCGAAGGGGACUGCUAGACCCGCAGAUGUGGUUUUCUGCAGCGGCGUACUUUGCCAUAUUGUCCGGAUUGUACUCGUUCGGGCUGUUUCUACCUACUAUUAUCGACGAAAGUGGUUUUGCAACCGACCCAAACGCCGUGCAGUUGUGGACGGUGAUUCCAUAUGCUGUCGCAGCCGUCUUAACAGUAUUUGUGGCUUUUAUCUCGGAUCGCUUGAAGCUGCGAGGCCCUAUUAUGCUUUUCACUCUGCCUAUUGCCAUUGCUGGGUACGGAGCUAUUGCCAAUAUCCAGUCUGCCAAAGUCAAGUAUGGAAUGACCUUCCUUAUGGCCACUGGCAUGUAUAGUAGCGUCCCAUGUAUUCUGGUGUGGAAUACAAAUAAUUCAGCUGGACACUAUAAGCGUGCGACAACGUCAGCGAUGCAGCUGACGAUCGCCAACUGCGGUGGUUUUGUUGCUACGUUCAACUAUCCUGACCAGGACAAACCCCAGUAUCGCCGUGGUCACACCAUCAUUCUAGGCCUCCUUGUUUUUGCAUGGUUCAUGGUUCUACUUAACAUCUUGUAUUGUGCCAAGGUAAACAGGGACAAAAAGAAGGGUAAAUACGCACAGUACAUGGGUUAUAAUGAUGACAGAGACCCGGCGUUUAAGUUGAUGCUGUGA